AAAUCGAAAGCACAGCUUUUAUAUUGCUAUCGCGGUAUUUUGAUGUCAUAGGUGUGCGCGGCGCUGCACGAAGUUGAGCUACCCUGAUGACAGCGGCACAUCGUACGGUCGGUGGGGUGUUCACAUUAACGGAAGACUCUAGAACAGCCGGGUCGCUCUAUCACUCUCAUCAGUUUAACCGGAUUCAAACAUGAGGAGUUUGCCGUAUUUCUGUCGAGGAAAGGUUAUCCGUGGGUUUGGACGCGGAAGCAAGGAUCUGGGCAUCCCGACAGCCAACUUCCCAGAGUCGGUGGUGGACAGUCUCCCUGCUGACAUCAGCACCGGUAUCUACUAUGGGUGGGCACGCGUGAAUAACGGAGACAUUCACAAGAUGGUCAUGAGCAUCGGCUGGAAUCCUUACUACAAAAACACUAAGAAAUCAAUGGAAACGCAUGUGAUUCACAAUUUUAAGGAAGACUUCUACGGCCAGAUAUUGAGCGUAGCUAUGGUCGGCUAUAUUCGUCCUGAGAAAGGAUUUCAAUCACUUGAUGAGUUGAUAUCAGCGAUUCAAAGUGACAUUGAGGAGGCGAAGAGAAAGCUGGAUCUGCCCGAGCACUUAAAACUGAAGGAGGACAACUUCUUUAAAACGUCAAUAUCUACAACGCCGAAUCAGAUCAUGAAUGGCCACAGACUGUAACACUACCCACAAUCCCCUUUCCUAUUUAAAGCCAGUUACUACAUGUGCAGGAUGUUAUUUUUGUAUUUAAAAAAAUCCCUGUUAUCUUGAAGUGACCAUUUCUUCAUAGUUUCAUUGUGAUGUAGAAAGAAGGAUGUGUUUUCAUACACACUGUGCUCACAUGAAAUGUCUCAUUUGGAAGUCGAAUCCAUCACGUUACACAUGAACUGGAAAGGAAUCUCCCCUUCACAGUUUUCAAUGUUUACCAGAGACCUUUUGCAUUGAUACAACAUGAAGGUCAGGAAGGGUUUUUUCCUUUGUCAAACCACAAAAUUGGCAGAUUUUCCACUGUAAACCAAUCAUUUUGUCUGUAUCUUCAACUUGAUUUUGGGAAGGACCCUGCAAGGGAUUAAAAUGGCUCACUUGAACAGUAGUAAAAAUUAAAAUUCCUCAUUGACACGAAACAAAUGGUUUUUAUAUGGUUCUCAGAGAACCGUACCCAGAGGUGGAAGUCCAAGCUUGAGAUAAAAAGAGCUGAAGGCCAGUUUGUCGCCUACUAUGAAUGCACAACUGGUCACAGAGAUUCAAGUCUGGCUGAACAUAAUUAUUGAAUUGAAUUUUACGGAUCUUUUUAAUAUUUAAGAGUGUGUACAGAUAGCAAACAUAUUAUGCUACUAUGAAGUAUGUGUGGUAAACCCUCACUUAUAGUGACUUCUGCCUUGUUUUCCAAUGUAUGCUGGUUAAACAUUUUUUAAAGUGACUCAGCAGAUAGUACUCUGGUUAACUGGUUGGAAGUUCAGGUUACUAGUUUCUAUACACUAUCAGAAAAUUUUUCAAAAAAUGGUCCCAAGCUGUCACUGGGGCGGUACCCUUUUUAAAAGUACAACUUUGCAGCUAAAUAGUUAAUAUUAGUACAUAUUAGGACUUGAAAGGUACAUAAUGAUAUGAAAUGUAAACAUAUUUGUAUCUUAAAGGUACAUAGUAUGGUGUUUUUAAAGGUUACUGCCCUAGUAAGAGCUUUGGUCCAUUUUUUGACCUUUUAUCUGACAGUGUUGAACGUUUGCUGCUGGUUUACUGUCAGCCUAUAGCACUUAUUUGUGAAACAUUGCUUCUACAAUGCUUGGUACAUUUCGAAUAGUUGUGUUUUAUGUCAGGGCAGUGCCUUAAACAUGUCAAAUCAUAAUAGUUUAAACAUAAAGGGCAAAACCAGACAUUUCAUCCAGCUUGAUUUUGUAAGAAUUAAAGAGCCUUGUUAAUGUUGUCUGUGAAACAAUCUGUAAUCAAAGUAGAGCAAUUUAUUCUUGAUGCCGCAUAUAUUAGAUUAUUUCUGGUUCUAUAAUAAUAAAAUGUGCAUUAGAAAUAAAUAA